CGCGCGCGCGCACCCCCCCCCCCCCGCAGACCAGCCCGAUCCGCCCGUUGGGGCGUGCUCGGGAGGGGGCCCAGAAGGCCCGCAGCAGGUGCCCCUUCUGCCCUCUGCCAGGCGCCACGCCCCCAUGCCAUCUCCCGAGGGCCGCUUGCAGAAAGCCAGCAGUGCCCAGGCGCACUCUCGGCAAGGCCUGGCUCCGCUGUGGAGGGAUGCAUGGGGAGCCCCUCUGUCUCUCUUGGCAGGUAGCAGCAAGCCCCGGGGGCCGCCCCAGGUGGACCGCUCGUGGGCCUGGCCCGUCCGCCAGCGCCUCGCCACUCAGCUCCGGGAGACGGGCCACGCCGAGCCCCAGCAAGUGGACGAGCUAGUGGCCGAGCUGGUGGCCGUCUUCACCGCAGUGCUGCAGAAGAGCAGCCGCAGGGCCUGGAGGCGCCUGCUGGAGGCGCUGCGGCUGCUGGCCCCCUUCCGCCAGCUCCUGGCCGGCCGGGCGGAGGUGCUGCUCCACUUGGAGGGCCUCUACUACCAGUAUCAGAGCAGCCAGGCCUUGGUCUCCGACCUGGAUGUCCUGGGGGCCAUUGGGCAGGCCUUCCCCCAGGACCGCUCUGUGUUGUGGGCUCCUCCGCGAGCUGCGUGCCCCCGAGGGCCUGCGCCCCCAGCUCGGCUGCUGCCCUCUGGCCCCGAGCCACUCUUUGCAGGCCUGCCCUGCCCUUUCACUUCCGAGUGGGUGCUGGAAGACGCCUCUGGCUGGCAGCAGCCGGCCCCCGUGUCCCUCCAGGAGCUGCAGCGAUGCCUGGGCCCAGUGGGCAGUGCGGUCUCUCAGCAGGAGACCUCCCGGGCUGGCUGCCUGGGCCUCACGUCUCUGUCUUUAGCCACGGACCUGCCGGUGGAAUACCCCUGUGCGGAGCCGGGACACGCAGCGGCGGCGGCAGUGCCGCCUUCAGAGCCCUGCCAAACAGCCCCCUUGGCCACGCCAGACCUCGUGCCUAAGAAGGCGGCAGCAGCAGCAGCGGGCGAGGGACAGGCCAUGACCGGCCUACAGGCUGCGGAAGCCUUUGUCAAGAGCCGAUAUGCAGGCGGGCAAGUGCGAUUCCUGUACCUGAAUGUUGCCCCCAGCCGGCAUUUCAGGCCCUAUGACCUCGUGGCAGUUCCAAAGCGGCAGGUGAACCCCCAGCACUACAUCUUCUCCCCCUUUGGGGUGCUGCACGUCCACCCGGAGGAGGGCUCGGAGGCCGUGUCGCUGGGCAGCUGGCACCGGGAAGCCGUGCUCUGGCAGCUGAUGCAACACGUUCCCUUCUUCCGCCUCUUCCUGGUCCGCAAAGCCUUUGUCCGCUGGUACUGCAAUGUGAAACACCUUCAGUGCCUGAAACACCAGGAGAUGCUCGGUUGCCAGUUGCUGCAGGCAGUGCCUCACUUUGGAGCAGCUUUGCUUCACAUUUCCCGGCUCUUGCAGGAGUUGAAGACGGUCCAUUGGCUGCCCCAAAACAUCAACAGGUGCUGCAGCUUUGCCGAGUUCCAGUGGGGCCUGUCCCAGGAGAACAGCCGUGCCCGAGACCUGCUCCACAGGUUCCUCACCCUCUGCUCCUCCAUCCUGGAGCUGGUGCGGGAUGACACCUACCAGAUGGCGCAAGGGCUGCAGACGCGGGUGCAAGGCCGAAAGCUGUACGUCUCCAAGGAGUCCUUGUACCAGCAGCGGCUGGAUUUCGAGCAACUGCAGGGCCGCCUACAGGAGGCUGAGUCGUGGCUGCAAAAGCUGGGCUUCCUGGCACUCCUGGUGAACUUCCUCAUCUGCCAGAAUCUGGUCUCCGUUGUUCAGGAAGAGGCCACCACCUUUGUCAGCCACACCAUGAAGGCGGAUGGCACCCAGCGGAAGGCCGUCAUCCAAGUAGAGGUUGUGUUCAGCCCGGAAGACCAGCUGGCCCUCUUUCCCUCCAGCAGGGAGCUGGAGGAGUGCCUCUCCGGGGCCCUGGACAGGGUGGUGGAGUCUGUCCUGCUGGUGACGCUCAUCAAUAGCGAGGCGCCAGGAGCUCGGGAGGAGCUGCCUCAGGCUGCACUUGAACAUGAGGAAGAUCAAGCACAGCCGAGUGCCCUCCUGGGACCAGGCGGAGCGGGCAGUGCUGGCCAGCGCUCUUCUGAGCGACUCCAGGGGCCACCUCUGAAGGAGCAGUCUGGGGAGGAUCCGCAGCUGGUCCACCACCUGGACCGGAAGGCGGUCAGCGGCCUGGAGGUGGUUGGCCACCGGCUGCGGGGUCAGUAUCCCUUGCUGUCCCGAGAGCAACUGGAGAAGGAUCUGGGGUCCGACAGCGUCAUCCAGAAGGUGCGGGCCCAGCUGCAGGCCCUGCUGGCGGCCGCGCUCUUGGAGACCAAGCACCUGUGCCGGACAUACUCCUGGCUGGCCGAGAUCUACCACUUUAUUCACAGCUGGGAUGCCAGCCAGCUGGAGGACAUGAAGGGCUGGCCCUGCGAGGACUACGUGAGCCAAAUCCUCAAGCUGCGGGCGUGGGCGAGCCGGGUCAAGCAAGUGCCACCGUCUAUCAUCACAUCCAAUCGCCUCCUCUUUGUGGACUGCUCUGGCAUUCACCAGGACAUCCUUCCGCGGCUGGCAUCCAUCAACGGGGACAUCCUGGCUCUCUUGCUGGCAGAGACCACGCAGCGGAGCGAACUUUUAAUUGCGGAGUUGUCGGGCGUUCUGCAGAUCUACCAGAAUGUCAGCAGCAACAUUUUCACCAUUGCCAAGUGCUCCCAGAAGCUCGAUCAGUACCAAGGACAGCUGGCUGAGCUGCAGGAGGCUGUGGAGUACGUGCGAGCCCUCAACGAGGUCAUCCAGCAGUGCUUCCGCCCACUCAACCCCAGUGAAGAAAGCCUGGAGAACCUGCUCCUGGACACCUGGGACGCCUUUGUGUACCAGCAGCGGGAGGUCUCUGACUUCAUUGUCUCCCGGCGCCUGAGCAUCAUUGCAGAGCUUAGCAGCUCCCUCCAGAAAGCCACGUGGGAGCUCCAGGAGGUGCUGGCCACAGUCACGGUGGGCCGUUUCCGGGACCCCUUCCAACACCCUCGCGCCAUGGAGGAGGAACUGUACAGACUCCUCCACCACUUCCAGGCCACAGUGGUGCGCAUUGCCGAGCUCUGCCGCUCCCAGCGGAUCAUGACAGGAGAGUGCAUGGACGUCUCCUUCAUCACUGGGAGCCAGGGCACCAUUGAGGUUCAUGCGCGCAUCUGGCAGCUGUUCCGCAUUGUGUCCGAGCAGAUCACAGAGUGGAAGUGCCUGGCUUUUGUCAAGUUCAGCGCUGCUCUGGCUGUUGAGAAGAUGGAUGAGUGGCUCAGCGAGGCGAUCCGCAUCGAGGGCAGCCUGCCCACCGGCCACCCUGUCCUGCAGGCCUGCGUGCGAGCCAUCAAGAACCUGCAGAAGUACAUGCCCUUGCUGCUGAAACUCGGCAGCCAUUUCCUGAAGGUUGGCUGCUGGAAGGAGAUCUUCGCUGCCAUAGGUUCCAAGAGCCCUGUGAACAUGCAGUUCUCCCUGGGGCAGCUCCUUGCGCAUCCCCUGUUGGAGCACAGCGAGUCCAUCUUGCGGAUCUACGCCUGUGAGAAGGGCCGCUAUCGCUCCCGGGACACCCUGAACCGCCUGCAGCGACUCUGGACGGAGAAGCAGUUUCGCCUCGUCAAUUUUAUCCUCAACGUGCCCUAUCAGCCACAGUGCGACCGCCACCGCCGUCUGGCUGGCGGCCGCCAGCGCCCUGCCAAGCUUGAAUACAUCUCCAAGGACAGCGGCACCUACGUAUUGUCAGACGUUGCGGAGCUGAAGGCUGCGGUGGAGCAGGGCCUGCUGACCCUCCAGCACAUGAUUCUGUCCCCCUACUCUGCGGACCUCCGGGAGGAGGCGGUGAGCUGGGCCUCCACGCUGCGUUCCUUCGAAUCUCUUCUGGAGGCCUGGGUCAGUUUCCAGCAGAAGUGGGUUUUCUUGAAUAUUGUGCUGCAUGAAAUGGAUAUCAGCCUGCCCAGCUCAGAGCUGGACUCUCGGUUCCAGCUGGUGGACGCCCACUUCCGGGAGUUCAUGCAGGUGACGUGCAAGGACCCCCUGGUGCUCUCCAGCGUGCGACCGGCCCCUGGCUCCAGCCGAGAGAGCCGCUUCGUGGGUGGCACCUUACAGGCGUCUUUGGCAGAGGCUUCCGCGGAGCUGCGGGGCAUCAUUCGGGCCCUGGGCUACGUGCUGGAGGCCACGCGCAUGGGCUUCCCCCGCCUCUUUUUCCUCAGCAACGAGGAGCUCAUUGCCCUGGUGGCCACCACCUGCGAGCCGGCGGAUGCUUCCACCUGGUCCCAGCGUUGCUUCCCAGGGGUGCGGCAGCUGCAGCUGCUCAUGCCUUCUGCCCUCCAAACCUUUAGCGCUUUCUCUGCCCAGCAGCCUGAAGUGCAGGUGACUGGCCUGGUGGGGGACCACGGUGAGAAGCUGAAGCUGUGUGCUUCUGUAUUCCUCAGCCGGAAAGCCACUCAGUGGCUCUGCACCCUGGAACAGCGCAUGAAGGAGACCCUCUUCCACAGGCUGCAGGACUGCAUGUCCCAGCGGUUGGCCCUGCGGCCACAGCUCGAUGUGGCCUUUGAACAGCCCCCUGGCCCCACGGAGCUGCCCCUUCACCUGCUGGCAGAGCACUGGAUGACCCUGGGCACUGCCUUCCCGGUCCAGUGCGUGCUGCUGGCUGAAGAGGCAUCGUGGCGCGUGGAUGUGGAAGAAGCCCUGGUGGAUUCCAGUGGCCGGCCAGGCCUGAACCGCAAGCUGCGCCUGAAGCUGGAGGCACUCAGCCACUACAUCCGCAAUUACCGCAGCCUCCAUGCCUGGCAACCUGAAAGCGACUCUCUCGGUGUCCUGCUGGGCGGCCUCCUCCUCCUCACCGUCCAGCAGCGCGACAUUCUCUCCCAGCUGCUGGGCGGCAAGGUGAGCUCCCCGCAGGCCUUCGAAUGGGCCCGGCGCUUCAAGUACCGCGUGGCCCUGAGAGCCGAGAGAGCCAAGGCCGCUCGGGGGGCUCCCGGCCGGUGGGUGGGCAGCCCCCCUGGCUGCUGGGCAGAGGUCCUGGACAGCUGCUUCCCUUAUGACUACGAAUACUUGGGGCCCAGCAUGCGUCUCCUGGGGAGCCCCUGCCUCGACAGGGCCUUCCUGGGGCUGCUCCUGGCCCUGGAGGAUUUCCGCUGCGGAGGGCUGCUGGGCCACCCAGGCGUGGGCAAGUCCCACGCCGUGAAGGGGCUGGCACAGGCCCUGGGCCGCCAGCUGGUCACUCUGCACUGCUCCCCGCAGAUGUCCCUCAGCUGCCUGGGCCGCCACCUAAGCGGGGCGGUGCAUGCAGGGGCGUUGCUGCUGCUGGAGUCGGCUGAGCAGCUGGAGCCAGCUGUGCUCUCUGCCUUCAGCCAACUCCUGGUUGACCUGCGCAGGCUGUGCUUGAGCCUGAAGGAGGGGCGGGGGGGCACAGCAGGCACCCCUCCAGCCAGCCCGGAUUCUGCGGACUCCGGCAGCGACAGCGAGGGGCAACCAGCAGUAGCUUUGCCAGAGCUGGGCACGGAUGAGGCGGAACCGUACCACCCCCGGGUCCUGGGCAACAUCCUCUUUGCUGGGCGGCUGCUGCGGGUGCGAGAGACGUAUGGCUGCGUGGCCACCUUGUGGCACGUCCCAGAGCCUCUGCGCCUGGCCCUUCGCCCCCUGGUCAUUCUGGCCCCAGACCCCACCAAACUGGCAGAAGUCACCCUUCUAGCAGCUGGCUUCCGGGAGGCCAGGCGCCUAGCGGAGAAGCUGAGUGCCUUUCUGCGCCUGGAGAGAGAGCUGGGCUCGGGCCCCCCAGCCAGCCAGACGGCUCUCAUCAGGGAGGUGGUUGGCCGGGCCAUCAGCAUCUUGUUUAGCCCUUUGCCUCGGUGGGACCCGUUGCUGUCCAGGCCCUCCCCCAGGACCACUUUCUUUCUAGGACUGGAGGAAGAGCCGGCUGUAGUCAAAGCCCUGUGCUGCUCCCCUUUGCUGGCUGGCCCCGAGUGCCCCCGGCUGCAGCACGUGUGGGACUUGCUGCGCGGCAUCUUCCCCUCCGCUGCCCUGCAGCUGCCUGAGCCUCCAGCCUUCCCGCGGCUCCAGAGUGCCCUGGUCGCCCAGCUGCACGAGGAGAAGCUGCACCCAGACCCUCAGCUCCUCAGCACGGCAGGCCAGCUCUUCCAGGCCCUAGGGAAUGCCAGCGGCGUCCUUCUGCUGGGGCCCCCAGGGAGCGGCAAGACCACCACCUGGCAAAUGCUGGCCAAAGCCCUGAGCAGGCUGGCAGCCAGUGAGGCUGCUGCCCAGGGGCGCAAGCCCAGCACCCACGGGGCCGCCACUGCCGCCCCCUCCUUCCACCCCAUCAACACGGUCUGCAUCUGGCCCAACGGCCUGAACGCGACGGAGUUCCUUGGCAGCCUGGAGGAUGGCGUCUGGCGGGACGGGGUCCUUUCCCGGCUCCUGCAGAGAGCUGCCACCUCCGCCGUGGCGGGUGGCGCAGGAGAAGGGAGCACCCAGCAGUGGCUGGUGCUGGACGGGGCGGCCAGUGCCGCCUGGCUGGAGCCCAUCUCCUCGCUCUUCGACCCCAGGCCCGCCCUCAGCUUGCCUAGUGGGCAGAAGCUGCAGCCUCCAGGAAAUAUCAAGGUCCUCUUUGAGAUGGCGGACGCUUCUGGGGUGCCCCCCUCCAUCUGCACCCGCUGUGCCCUCUUGCACUGCAGCAGCUCCAGCCUCUGGCAGGGCGUGCUGGCUUCUGCGCUGGUCCCCGUGUACCGGACCUACAGUGUGACCCAGCAGAGCCUGGCCAUGUUGCGGGAGCUGGCAGAAGAGCUCUUCCCCCCAACGUUCACGUUCCUGCAGCGGCACUGCUCCUGGGUCCUGCUCCCCCACGUCAGCCCACAGGGGCCCACGGUGCAGGGUGUCCAGGAGACCACGGCCUUUGCCAGGAUUCUGCACGCGCUGCUGGAGCAGUACCUGCGCCGGGAGAAGAUCAGGAGCAUGGCUGCCCCAGAACUGCCAGGUGAGCAACGUGACGUCGGCGAGAGGGAAGCUGCCGCCAGCCCUCUUUCCCAGCCCUGGGCUGUCCCUGCACACCACCAUGCGCUGGCCCAGAGCAUCUUCGUCUUUGCCUACAUCUGGGGCUUUGGGGGCCACCUUCACCCCAGGCACUGGCCUCUCUUUGAGCAGUUUGCCCGCCGGGCUCUCCGCAACAGCCGCUACGUGAUACACCUCCCUGCUGCGGCCUCUGCCUUUGACCUCUGCCCACUGCCUGAGGAUGGUUCCUUGGUGCCCUUUGAUGGGCAGUACCUGUCCUGCCGGGUCAAGAACAUCCCCGCAACCUUCUGUGUCCUGCCACAGUAUGAGCGGGUGCUGUACGUUCUGGAUCUACUCCUGGGAACCAACCAACCCGUCCUCCUCGUGGGGGAACCUGGCUGUGGGAAGACCUCCUUUGCUGAGACGCUGGUGCAGCCCAACCGCCCGUACCAGCGGGUGUGUGUCACCCUCGCCCUGAAGGCCACCCACCUGCGCCAGCUGCUGCAGAGGAAGUCCCAGGACAAGGGCCCUUACCCCUUGAGCCAGUCUGCGCGGGCGAGGGCCAUGAAGGGCCGCUGCCUCUUCUUGUUGGAGGACCUGCACAUGGCCCCCCUGGAUCCAGGCCGGGGCACAAGCCCCGUCGUUGAGUCUCUGCGCCAGGCCCUGUCCCAGCAGCAGUUCUACCACGCCGAGACGCUGGAGCUGCAGCACUGCCCGGCCAUGGGCUUCAACUGCUUUGGCACGCUUUCCACCCCAGUGGUUGGGGCAUUGCCACCGUGCCCCCGCUUCAGUAGGCUGUUCAGCACGGUGGUGCUGCCCCCCCUCACGAGAGAAGCCCUCCUGGGCUUGCACGCGCCUGUUGUCUUGGCCUGGCUGGAGAAGUUUCCCCUGCUGACCCGGCACAGCGACUUAGCGGCUGCCCUGGUGAAGGCCACCGUGGAGGCCUACGAGGCUGUGAGGAGCCAGUUCCCUCCCUCUCCCGCCUGCACCCUCUUCCACUUCUCCCUGCACAGCAUCCAGCAGGUGUUCAAGGGGUUGUUCCUUCUGCGGCCCCGCCCAGGCAUCCACCUGAGCUGCCCCUUGGAGGAGCAGGGGGCCAAGCCCAUGUCCAGCAGCAGACGCGGCUCCGCAGGAGCCCGAGCAGCCGUCGGCACGAGCUACGCUGUGGUGCUCAGCAUCCGCCUGAUUGUGCGCCUCUGGCUGCACGAGUCUCUGCGCACCUUCUGUGACCCACUGCGGGGGAAGCAGCACCGGGCGGCCUGUGGGCAGCUGCUUCUGGAGAUUGCCAUAGCCAAUUUUUGCGCCAAGCGCACCUUGCUGCACACCGAGCCCUCCCUCGGCCUCCAAAGCUCUGACCUGCCUAGCCGGACUCACGUUUCCUUCCACUUCGCCAGCCUCUCCAAGUCUGAGGAGGAGGAGGAGGAGGAGGAAGAGGAGGAGGACCUCCUCCCUGGCCCUGGGGACCACCAGGACUUCCCUGGCGGCAUUGAGGUGGACCGCCCAGAUCCCUGGGACCCCGUGGAGCAAGCGCCUGCCCUGGCGCUGGAUUCUCCUGACCCAGAGGAAGAGCCCGCCCCGGGGGAGCUGGACAGUGAAGGCCCCAAGGCAGAGCCAGAUGAGGCCGAGGGGGGGAGGAAGCCUGAAGCAGCCUUCCUGGCGCCUGUGCAUGGCCGGCGCCGGACUCACGAGUCUCACCUGCCCCCCCACCGAGGCAGCCUCUCGAAGGCCAAGCGCCGCCUGUCCUCCAAGAAGGAGAGCUCUGGCCCACUGCUGCCUGUCCAUUUGCUGCUCCUGCCGGGCGAGUCGCCGAGAGACAUCGUGUUUAGCAAGGAGCUGGGCCCCGAAGCCCACCACCCGAGUGCCCACAACCCCUAUCAGGAGAGGCUGUGGAGGUCUCUGGAGAGCCAGCUCCGCCCCUUGCUGCCCUCGGACUUCUUGCUGCCCUCGGCGGUUCUGAAGCACGUGGUUCACCUGUGCCGCCUGCUGAGCGGCCCAGAGAAGCACGGCGCCCUGGUGGCCUUCCGCCGGUGCCUAGGGCGGCAGACGCUGGUGGCCCUUGCGGCUCAGGCCACUGCCUCCCUGCUGAUGGAGCUGCCUGCGGAUGCCGACGAGGCUCAGGCAUUGGCUGUGCUGCGCCUGGCGAGCUGGCAGGCAGGCGUCCGGGGCCAGCGGGUGCUGCUGCUGGUGCAUCCCCAGCUCAGCCUGGCCCCCUUGCACCUGGUGCUGGCCCUGAUGGCAGAGGGGACGUGCCCAGGCCUCUACGGCCCGGAGGACACCAUGCUCAUCAUCCAGGCCCUGCUGCAGGAGAACCAGGGCAUCAAGCGCUCCAUGCGGGAUGACCUCAUUUUGCAGAGGUUCUUCCAGUUUGUGCGCAACAACUUGCACGUGUUUCUGCUGCUGGGGGCCCCCGGCUGGCAGGGCUCAAGUGCUCUGGGGCUCCCCCCGCUCACCACCACGGCCCUCUCCCGCUGGCUGUGCAGCCUGAAGAUCUACCAGGCCUGGAGUUUGGAGUCCCUGCAAGAGGUGGCCUGCAAGCACCUCCGGAGCCAGCUGAGCCAGACCACCCUGUUCUCGCCCGUCACAAGCUCCCUGCACGCCCACCAGGACAUGGUGCCGAGCGUUGCCAAGGCUGCAGCUCUGGUCCACGCCUCGGCCACCACCUACAGCACGUACCUGGCCGCCCGCCUGCCUCUCAUCACUCCAAGGAGCUUUCUGGACCUUCUUGAAACCUUUGCAUGGCUCUUUGUCCGCCUGCAGGAGCGGAAUUGCAAGCAGUUGGACCGGAUGAAGCUGGCCCUGCACAAGAUGGAGGAAGUCAGCGAGAAGCAGCAAGCCCAUGCGCGGAACGUGCGUCUGCUGCAGGAGAAGCUCGUGAAGGUCAAGCAGCAAAUGGCAGAGUGCCAACAGGAAGUGGAACGAGAGCAGGAGGUGCUGAAGCAGCAGGAGAAGGAAUGCAAACGGCACGAGGCACAGAUCGAUGCCCUUACGAAGGAGCGAGACGUGCUGGAGAAGGCCAAGGAACUGGCCAUGAAGAAGGUACGGGGCAACUACAGGGCUGCCCUGACAGGGCUGCGGGCACAGCACGUCGAGGAGCUGCGCAGCUACCGCCAGCCCCCCGAUCAAGUGGUCUGGGUGACGGACAUCCUCUGCAAGAUGUUUGGGGAGAAGCCCGGCUGGGAGGCGGCCAAGCAGAUGCUCAGUCGAGAGGACUUCUAUCAAGAGCUGGUCUUCUACCCCAAGGACGCGCUCUCAGCUGAGCUCUUCCAGGCGCUGGGCCAAGUAGUUUCCAAAGAGACCUUCCACCUGGCCUCCAUCAGGACUGCCAGCCAGGCCGCGGCAGCCCUCUGGCAGUGGAUCUCCGCCAUCUACUGGUACCACCGGGCACUGCGUAGCUGGCAGCCAUCCAUGGAGAGGCUGGAGCGCUGUGAUGCGCAGAUCAACUCGGAGAAAGUGCACCUGGGCCACAGCCGCGUGCGCACGGAGUACCUGAGGAAUGCCACCUGGGCCCGCAUCAAGGAGCUAAAGGAGACCCAGCAGCGCCAAGAGAAGCUGCUGCACCAGCUGACCCGGUCCUUGCAAGCCAAAGAGGAGGCCACCACUGUGGAGAGUUCUGUGGCAGAGCACAUGGCCGACUGGACAGUGGUCACUCAGGAUCUGGAGAAGCAGCACAGCACGCUGUACGGCGAUGCCUUGCUCUGUGCGGCGACACUCACCUACUUGGGGCCCUUCCCCCACGCCCGGCGAGAAGAGCUGCUCAGGAAGUGGCAGGCCGUGUGUGCCGGGACUCGGGUCUCCCUGGGGCCGGACGACGUCGGCCACCUGCUGCAGAAGGAGCUGCCCUGCCCUGGCUCGGCCUCCUGUGGCCCGCCCUUGCUGCCCACGCAGCAGCCCUUCAGCCUGGUCUCCUUGCUCAGCUCCCCUCGGGAGCAGCGCAUCUGGGAUCGGACCCACAAGCCCAAGGACCCCAAGAGCCGCCUGGCUGCCUUGCUGCUGUACUCUGAGGCCCACCGGCAGGCCCACCGGUGGCCUCUGCUGGUGGACCCGGAUAAGCAGGCCACCGUGUGGCUGCUCAUGGCUGCAGCGCUGGAUGAGGCAGAAUCGCAGGCCUUGCUCGUCUCGGAACUGGUGCCGGAUAUGGCGGAGCAAGGGAGCUGUGACGACCUGCCCGAGGACAGCUUGGAAAUGUUGUCGCUGAUGGACCCUGACCUGGAGCAGAGCCUCCUGAGCGCCGCCUGCUUGGGCUACCCUGUGCUGCUGGCGGACUUUGAGAGGAACAUCCCCUGGGGCCCGGCACUCCAGCAGCUGAUGCAGAAGGAGCCGUUCCAGAGAGCUAAAGUCGUCCUCCCCGAGAGCAACGAGGAGGUGCACGUGUCACCCUCCUUCCAGCUCUAUCUGUGCACCAAAGUGCCUCUGGAGGACUUGGCCACAGAGAUGGAUCCGGAGGUGCUGAAGCGCCUGAACGUCAUUGACUUGAGCCUCAGCCCUGCGGCACUGGAGGAGCAGCUGCUGGAGGAGGUGCUCUGCUCUGAGCGCCGGGAGAUCCUGAAGCACCGCCAGGCCCUGCAGCUGGGAGUCCUGCAGCUGGAGGCCAAACUGGAGGCCACAGAGGAGGAGCUGGUGGAGCUGAUUUCCCAGCCGCAGCGGUCCCUGCUAGAGGAGGAGAACUUCAUGCCGAUGGUGCGGCUGCUGCAGACCCAGAUCCAAGCCGUGCGGGCCACCCGCCAGCACAUGAUCUCCCUGUAUCUGCACCAGGUCAUGCUGUGCAAUAAGUACCGGCCAGUGGCACACCUGGGGGUGGCCCUGCAUCAGGCCCUGCUGCAGGUGGGGCGCCUCCACCCGCUCUACCACUUCCCCACAGACCUCUGCAUCAAACGCGUGCGCCAGGCCCUGGUCUCCGCCAAGCACCCCGACCUUGGCAAGCAGGAGUCUCUAGAGGUCCGCCUGCUGGAGCUCUGCCGGGCUGUGCUCCAGCACCUGCUGGCCCAAGCCCUGCCCAGCCUGCGGGAGAUGGACCGCCUCCUCUUCCUCUUCCUCGGGGCACUGGCCACACUGCAGGUGGCGGGUGACGUCAGCCCUGUGGAGAGACUGGCCUUCUUCCAGGGCUUCCAGGAGCCCAGGGCCAAGGAGCUCCUGCAGCCCCAGGCCAGCGUGCUGCGCCCUGGCUGGGUGAGCAGCCAGGCCUGGGAGGAGUGCCGCUUGCUGGAGAGCCUCCCUGGGUUCCAAGGGCUGCUAGCUUCUCUGGCGGGGCGUGCGACGCAGUGGCAGGAAUACUUCUGCUUGCCCUCUACGGUGGUGGGGCCAGCCCUCUGCCCCAGCCAUGACCACCUCAGCCCUUUCCAGCGGGCCAUCUUAUGGCGCAUCAUGUGCCCGGAAGCCGCAAGCAGUGUGAUUGCAGACCUCACCACCUGCCUGCUUGGCUGGUCUCCCACGGAGGACGCGGUCACCGCUCAUGCGUACUCCUGCAGCCGGGCCAGCAGACCUGUCAUCUUCCUCACCCCCCCGGCGGGCUCUUCGGGCUCUUUUACGCCCCCCCUGCACUGGAUCCAGCAGAUGGCCCAGCAGCGAGGACGGGGGGGGAAAGUGGCAGUCAUUUCCUUCGGGACCUCUGACGCGGGCAAGCGGGUGCGGCAGCUGCUGCCCUUCUGCGCCAAGAGAGGCAAGUGGCUGGCGCUGAACAACUGCCACCUCCAGAAGCAGUGGGACCCAGAGGUGCUGGCACAGCUGGAGGUGCUGCUGAACCCGCAGGCAGGGGAUCCCGAAGGGCGAACGUUAGAGAUACACACCAAGUUCCGCCUCUGGCUCAUCACAGCCGCUGACGCCCCAGCCUCUCUGCCAGGUCCUGUGCGUCGCAGUGGCGUGAUCCUGUUCUGCGAAAUGCCCCUGGAGCUGAAGGGUAUUCUGGGGCAUGCCCAUCAGCUGCUGCAGGGGCAAGUGCAAGGCCUUGACACGGACCAGCGGCUGGCCCUACUGGCCCUGUAUGCAGCUCUGCUGUACCGGCAGGCCUACGGCCAGUGGACUCAGGCUGCCUCCUACCUGUGGAGCCAACUGGAACUCUGGGAAGGCUUCAAAGCCCAGGACAGGCUCAGCUGCUUGAAGGAUGGCCCCACAGAAGCAGAAGCACUGCAGGAACUGGCAGGGAACAUCCCUUAUGGGGGUCACAUCCUGGACCAGGGAGACGCCGAAGCCAUCAGGAGCCUGAUCCACCAGUGCUUGGCCGCCGAUUCCCAGGAGUCGCCCAGCCCGGGCUUCCCAGACCUCUUGGCCGCACUCCGAGGCUGUCUGAAGCCAGAGCUGUCCGAGGAAGAGGCAGCGGCUGCCAUCCAGGCAUGCAUUGCACAGCUGCCAAGCCCCAUGGAGCCCGCCUGGGUGGGCUUAUGCAACAGUCUGCAGAAGGAACUGCUGGCCAGCCGCAGCCAAGCCAUGCUUGCUGCCCUGCAAACCACCCAGGGGCUGUGGCAGCCACGACGCUCCCCGAGCAGCCAGAAGGCAGCCAUAGAGGAGCUGGUGGGGCAGGGGCUGGAGCUGCUGCAAGAGCUGGUGGGGAAACUGCAGAAGUGCGGCUGGGAGGUGGGGGCGCGAGGACACCCUCCCAAGGGGCAGCCCCGCCCCAAGCCCCGCCCCCUGCAACGCUUCCUGCUGGAGGAGGGGGGCAGCUUCCUCGCCCUGCUACAGCAAGUGCAGAGGGACCUGCAGUGCGGACAGGAGCACCUGCAGGGCCCCCCCUGCUCUUCCCCUCGCUGCGCUGCUGUCCUGCAGGAGCUGCAGCAAGGCAGAGUCCCCCGCCAGUGGCUGCAACACACACCAACCGGCCCCCAGCCCCCCCAGGCCUGGCUAGAGACACUCCGGUGCCGCUGCAAGCUGCUCUGCCACUACCUCAGGGCCCAGGGAGGGGUGACCUACCAGCUGGCAGCCUUCCACCACCCUCAGCGCCUCUUCCUGGCCCUGCUGCAAGAGACAGCCCGCACGGAGAAGCAAGAGAUGGAGCGCUACUCCUUGGAGCAGCAGGUUCUGCCCACAGUGCUACCCCCCAGCACUGGUCCUGACAAGGGGCUCUACCUGAGUGGCUUGGAGCUGCACCACGCCUUCUGGGACACCCACAGCAGCCAGCUCCAGGAGACGCCCGUGGAUCAGCCCUGCCAGCUGCCGACCGUCUGGGUCCAAGCCACCUUCAAGCCGUGGAACGCCCCCUCCUGCGAGCCCACGUACCGGUGCCCGGUGUUCCUGGGGGCGCCAAAUGUCCCGGUGCCCCUCAGCAGCCAACAGGCCAUCAUGCACCUCAGCCUGCCUUGCAAGCCGGGCCCAGAGCCCUUCCUCCAGCGACGAGUCUAUGCUGUCAGCUGUGUGCACGUGGCUCCCCAGGAAGAGCACCCCGUCCAAAGGAACACAUCGGGGUGCACGAGGUGA